CAGAAAAAUUAUAAAAAGUUUCUAUAAGAUGAGUUUCUAUAACGAGUAACGUGAUGUCUUCCAGUUGUAAUGCAUACAAAUGAUACAAAUAUGCGGGAUACUACUUCAAGUUAAUAUCAUAUUCCACCUCAAUUUAGGACAAAGCGAGAGUUAAUACAUAAAUGACCACGACAAGAUUCUAAGACGCCACAAGAGACAGAUGACAGAUAUUACAUAAUUAAAUUCCUAUUAUCCUCGGCGUGUUAUGGAGAGAUUGUCGCUUAUCAUCGCAAUAUAAACAGGUGUACUAUCGCGCGCGAUACAUUGAGCAUUUCGACGUUUUUCAUAACAGACAACACACGAUAUGAUGAUCUUUCGUGAAUAGGCCGCUGUUUUUAUCACGAAUAAAGAGACGUCGGCUGAUAAUUGACAAAUCUUUACGCAAAUUAGCUGCGAGAAUCUCGACAGAUCCGUGCGAAUUGAACGAGUCAACGUGACGACGUUGAAGUGGGCGAACGACGAGGAGAUGAAUCAAAUAUAAAACGAGAUACGCAUGCGGUAGUAACUCUCUCUUUCGAGGAUGCCUCGUUUUGCGAACGGACUGUUCUGAGAGUCAGAAGAAACACAGCUGCGAGAAGAAAAUUCAUUCGACGGACAAUAAUCCGAGAAGCCGCCAUGGAAAUACAUAGGAAUGAUGUCAUCGACCGAAUGAAGUUGAUGGACGAUAGAUUGGAAUCGGAAGCCAAGCGUUGCAAACUUGGAAAUAUAUUGGAACCAGGUUGGUGUCCCAAGAUUUGGGACGGGAUAUUAUGUUGGAACUCAACAGCACCUGGACAACUGGUCGUUCAGCAGUGCGCCUCUUACAUCAUGGGUUUCGACGCUAACGCAUUCGCUUCGAAGCAAUGCAUGCCGAACGGCAAAUGGUACUGGAACGUCAAAACCCAAAGCUUCUGGACCAACUUUAGCCAGUGCUACCGAGAGCCGCUAGUCACCGUCCUGGUGAACAUGUCGAAUGUAGAAACGAACAAUGCUACUCUUAUUAAGACAUUCUUACCGGUCGUGAAGACUAUCUCGAAACUAGGCUACUCUAUCUCGCUGUUCACUCUCAUCAUUGCGUUUUGCAUUUUGGCCACCAUCAAUUUGUCUCCCAUCGGACGUAGGAAAUUACGAUGCCCUCGGAAUAUAUUGCACAUGCACCUAUUCGUCUCGUUCGUGAUGCGAGCGUUCAUGGCGCUACUGAAGGACAUGCUUUUCGUGUCCGGCCUCGGAGUGGCUGAAGCCGUGAUCAAAGUCAAUGAAGGUUACUGGCUACUCGAUAAGAAGGAAAGCAAUUGGCAAUGCAAGACAUUCACCAGUCUGUGGCAAUACUUCAUCCUAGCAAACUACUCCUGGAUUCUGAUGGAAGGUAUAUAUCUGCACAAUCUGGUCUUCCUGGCACUCUUCACUGACGCUAAUUCCAGCAUUGUGGGCUACGUCAUUUUCGGAUGGGGUUUGCCAGCUAUAUUUAUCUUACCUUGGGUAGUGACAAGGAUCAUAUUCCAGGAUACAUAUUGCUGGACAACCAAUGAGAACUCUCUCUUGUUCCUCUUCAUACGGGUGCCCACGAUGCUCUCUAUUUUGAUAAAUUUCGUGCUCUUCAUCAACAUCGUGAGAGUACUGUUAGUGAAACUCAAAUCUACCAUGUCGGAGGAAACGGAAAGAUACAAGCGAUGGGCUAGAAGCACGUUGGUCCUAGUGCCGCUCUUUGGGGUUCACUACGCGUUCUUUAUCCUUAUGUCGUACAGCAUCGGUGUAAACGAAACCGUAGAGGUCGUGUGGCUCUUCUGCGACCAGCUGUUCGCAUCUUUCCAGGGCUUUUUCGUGGCGGUGCUGUAUUGCUUCCUAAACGGCGAGGUGAGAGCUGAGGUAUCGAGAACAUUUCGCGGCAUCAAAUGGACACGUCUACGUGGAAUUCGGUGGGGCCAGAGAGCGUCAACGCAUUCGGUUAGCACGUGCAGUUGCAACAACUCGAAAUCCGGUGGUCGCCGGCAUUCAAGAAGGGUCAGGUGGUGGAAGUCACGCUGGAAGGCGCCCUCCUGUCUUUACCAGGAUCGCGCUAUUCGUCGGUCCACCCACUCGAUGGCGAGUACACAAGAUGUUGGAACGAGAGGAGGUAGUUUAGCGAGCAGCCGGGGCUAUCUAGAGAUCGCCGGUAAUGGCCAGCCGCCGACGAAGCCGACGACGCAGGAUCAUCACCCUCAUCAUACAUCGCCUCUGUGCAGCAAGUACACACAUCAAUCACUGCUCUCCUUUUGCUCGAUGUCGGAUGCGUCGGGGCCGAAUGUCGAUAAGAUCCGCGACCAUCAUCGAUGGAGUGACUCCGAGUGCUGUCACCUCGCAUACGAGUUGCACAAUCUGCAGCAACAUCACGGACAUCCGUGAUGACAUCCCGCAUUUCACGAUAGAAAACGUGUCGCUUGUCCCAUAAACAUUCGACACGUUUUAAACGAACGCACGUGGAGUUUCUCCAAAAAAGGAAGAAUAGAAUUAGGAAUAGAAUUAGGAAUAUUUUUAAAUCCUGUUAUAAUUUUUGAAAAAGCAAAGAGAUAGGAGAAGGACAAAAAAUCUGUUCCUUCGCGCGUUUUCUUUCUAAUUAAUAAUGAGAAAUUGAGUCUUUUUCUUUUUUAGCUAUCGCCUCUUUCACUGUGUCAUUCGCGCAGCUGUCCGUGUCAUAGAUUGUAAUUCGUGCGAAUAUAUAUGAUAAUGUACAGACAAUGUUCGAUAUUUUAAUACUUUUAGAGAUUCGUUGGAUUUUCGACAAAGUGUCUCCCAAUGUACCUGGAUGUUUGCAACACGACACUUACAUCUAGACUCACAAGGGAAGUUUCACAA